AUGAGAAGUCCUUUAUUAGAGGAAUUUAGAAAUAACAAGAAUAAGAAAUAUGAACUUAAAGACAUUGUUGGUAAUAUUGUUGAAUUCAGUGGUGACCAACAUGGAUCACGAUUUAUUCAACAAAAAUUAGAAACUGCAAAUAGUGAAGAAAAACAAUUAGUCUUUGACGAAAUUCUCCCCAAUGCUUUGCAAUUGAUGACUGAUGUUUUUGGUAAUUAUGUAAUUCAAAAAUUCUUUGAACACGGAAAUCAAAUGCAAAAGACGAUCUUGGCUAAACAAAUGGAAGGUCAUGUUUUAUCAUUGGCAUUGCAAAUGUAUGGAUGUCGUGUUGUUCAAAAGGCCCUUGAACAUGUUCUUACUGAACAACAAGCUACUUUGGUUAAAGAACUUGAUGGACAUGUACUUAAAUGUGUUAAAGAUCAAAAUGGCAAUCACGUCAUUCAAAAGGCUAUUGAACGUGUCCCAGCUGAACAUAUUCAAUUCAUUAUUAAUGCUUUUCACAGUCAAGUAUAUAAUCUUGCUACACAUCCUUAUGGUUGUCGUGUAAUUCAGCGCAUGUUUGAACAUUGUACAGAUGAACAAACGAAACCACUUUUAGAGGAACUUCAUCGGUAUACUCAAAAUUUAGUCCAAGAUCAAUACGGAAAUUAUGUCAUUCAGCAUGUUUUAGAGCGUGGAAAAGCAGCCGAUAAAUCAAUGGUUGUAGCUAAAGUUCGGGGCAAUGUCUUACAGAUGUCAAAACAUAAAUUUGCCAGUAACGUUGUAGAAAAAUGUGUUGCUUACGGUAGUAAACGGGAUCGUCAAAUGUUGAUCGAAGAAGUUAUUAUGACCAAACCUGAUGGUACAUCACCUUUAAUUUCAAUGAUGAAGGAUCAGUAUGCUAACUACGUUGUCCAGAAAAUGCUUGAUGUGGUUGAUGGUGAACAAAGAGAUUUAUUAGUCGCAAAAAUCAAGCCACAUUUACAGUCAUUGAAAAAAUACACUUAUGGAAAACAUCUUAUUUCAAGUAGGUUAAAAUUCUCGUUUACUAACUAA